AUGCCAUCCCAACGCCGGCUCCGAAUCAACACGCGACCGCAACCGGUCGACCCGCUCGAGCAACGCUUCUCCUCGCCAAGUCUAGUGCCAGGGAUGGGCAUAAUGAGCCUCCUCUCGAUGCUCCUUAACAUUGAGGAGAAGAGCUACGACCAACAGUUCUCCCCACGACGAGCCAGCUUCCCGCGAUCCAACUACCCAAGGAUUGUGAUUACGCCUGCGGCAGAGUCUGGCAUGGCAACAUGA